GGAAUAGUUUAGACACGAGGAAGUGAUGUAUCCCUAUGCUGCAAUCGUUCCAGGAAAUAGUUAGGUUAUAGUUUCCAGCAAGGGUUUUUUUUCUGCCUUUGUCUUGUGUACUGAGCUGUAGUUAGUACUGAAAAUAUUAAACGUUCAGACUGCAGGUUUCCAUUUAAAUUGUAUCAUUGAACUCUCCUUUUUUAUUUCUUUUUUUUUUUCUGUUAAGAAUUUGGAUUGCCAAGAAUUCAUUAUGAUGAGCCUUUUUCCCCCUCUUUUAUUUGUCUCUGUUCUGUGUAUGAACAGCUUCUCAGGAGUGCAGGGAAAGAAAUGGAAAGGUGAAGGUACUACUCAAAACCUGGAAAGUAUUAUCAUUGGAAGAUGCUAUGAGUAUAUUAGAAUUGUGAACCCUGCUGUUGGUGAGAAGAAUUGUUCACAGAUAUGGGAAGCAUUUAAAAAUGCAUUUGUUAACAAGGAUCCUUGCAGCAUUCUACCUAAGGAUUAUGAAUUAUUUAUCAACCUCACAUUCCACACAAUUCCACCUAACAAGUCUCUUUUCUGGGAAAAUAAUCAGCUACUAGUCCUUAGCUUUGCUGCCAGAGGACGUCGCUACAUGUCUGUGGGUGAUACUCUCUUUGGCUUCCUUGGAGAUUUUCUGAACUGGUGUGGGCAGGCAGACAGCCCUGGCCUGGACUAUGAAUCCUGCCCUACCAUGGCGGAAUGUGAAAACAACGCGGUGGAUUCUUUCUGGAGGAUUGCCUCAGUCACUUAUGCAAAGCACAGCUCUGGAGUGAUACAGGUCUUGCUGAAUGGUUCUGCAGAGGGAGGAGCUUAUCCACAGCCAGGUUUUUUUGCAGAUUAUGAAAUACCUAAUUUCCAGAAAGACAAAAUCUCACAAGUUGUCAUUUGGGUUGUGGAUGAUAUUGAAGGACCAGAUAGAGAUUCCUGUGGAACUAAUAGUGUAAAGACAUUAGAAACCAGGCUGAAAACUCUUGGAUUUAAUGUCACUUGCACUGACAAUUACAAGUCUGUAAUGUUCUUACUCUGCCUGGAUAAUCCUGAUCAUUCUAAGUGUGCCCUUGCAUCAUCUGCACCAGCAGCACAAAGAGGACCUGUAUCUUCAGACAGAGGAGGCAGCUGGAACAAGCUCAUGUUUGUUUCCUUUGCAGGCUUUUUGUUCAGAUUUGCUUUAGUGUAUUGAGUUAAUCAACUGAACCCAUAUCCUCUGUUUGCCUUAGCUUUGCCUUGGCUAUAAAUUUUGCUUCAGCUGAUUUCUAACUGCAGUUUCAUCCUACUUUUGGGACUGCAAAACCUGCAUAUUAAAACCUUGCAUACUAGAUACUGGCUUGUUUCCAUAUCAAAAAUUAUCCCACUGCUACUAAAAAGCCUCACCCUUCAAUUUCUUUUUCUAGAAGAAGUUCAUUGCUAUUUCCUCUUAUCUUUAUUCUCCAGAAUUAAACCAAGACUAAUACUUCCUGUUCACAUAUUUCAGAAAGAAAAAUUAUACUAUGCAUGCAUCACCCACAGAGAUUGCUUGUUUGUAAAACCAUCCUAGCAUCCGACCUUGGAAACUAAGUGACUAUUAUCAUGUUUUGGGAAGGUGAAACAUUCAAAGUGGGAGAGCAUGAAAGGUGAAAAGUUCAAGUGGGAGAGAUCUUAGAUUGCUCACUUGAUAAAGAUGCAAUAGGUAAGACAAUGCAAAAACUCAUUUUCAUUGGACCAAACUUAAAAACGGGGGUACAGCAAGAUUCUGGGUGCAUACUUGCAUGCAGUAAUUUACCACAUAAUGUCAAUUGCUUCAUCAUCUGCACAGCUGUUCCUCAGCUGGCUGUUUCCUGGCCCCUGGAUAGCAAAUAGUCAGAAAUACCAGAUCUAGAAAGUUCCACAGUUUUUCCAGCACAAUGUGAUUUAUGGUAUAUCAAAUUCAGGUAAGAACCUGCCAAGUCAGACAUUGGCCUGCUUGCAGUGAACUCGGAUACAGGAUUCAGAACACACUCAGGAAGGAGCAGAUGCCAUCCUGGAGGUUUCUUGGGUUACUUGUGUGAAUUCCAAUGCUUCAGCUAGAGGCUCCUCUAAACCACCAGGACAUCCAGCUACCAAGAUGACCCAUAAAUCUUCAGAAAAAAAAUAGUCAUUCUACAGAGAAUAAUUGUAUGUAGCUAUUUUUUGCAGAUUUUGUGUUAGCUUCUGUAUUAUUUAUUUGUGUUUGUAUUGACUGGUUGCCAGGAAACUUGGAGAAGAUGUUCCUCUUAUCUCAGUGAAUCUGAUUUAAGGGUCCAUAGUAGAUUUACAUCCUUUCAAUCCCUGAUGCAAUUGUAUCAUGUUGUAUGUUUGAAAGAUAAAGUAUUUAAAAUAUGUUGUAGUUGCUUAUUUGUCUUGCUUCCCUGACUGUAAUAAUCUUUAAUUUGGUUUUAAUGCAAAUCUCU